UCACUGAACAUUUCCUGCCACUUGGCUUGGCAUUUCCAUACAAAUGAAUUUAUAAACACCAAAUGAACGUCCCAAAUUCCGUGUGCUUUCAAUUGAAAGUAAUUAGUAAAUAAAAUAACUCAAUUUCUCCUCGGGGGCUUCCCUCAAUCGAUGGGUGAUUGGCUGUUAUCGGAGGGAUCCAACUAUUAUCGAUAAUGAGCUCGUUGUUGGUCCAUCGCUAACUGGUGUUUUGGACAAAAAAAAACAAGAAAAUACAAGAAAAUAAAAGAGAAAUAACGCGAAUUUCGUUGGUAUAUUAAUCCGUAAUUGAUGCUUCCCGAGCUGGGGAGUCUUAAUGUCUGCGCUAGCGCCGCCCGUACACCCAAUGAAGGACGCGCUCCAGCCGGACAACUACAAUGGAACGUCGAACGAGGAGGAGUCGUCGUCGUCGUCGUCGCCCGCGCUCCACGCGUUCUGCGUUCUCCGGAACAACAAUGGCAAUAAUAACAAUAAUGGCAUUGUCAACCAUCGCACGGCGUUCAGCGAGACGACCAGUGGCAUUGGCAGCAUAAGCGGUGGCACCAGCACCAGCGAUUCCCAUUCCCUGUGGACCACUAGUUGCAGCUUCACCAAUAGCAAUUGCAGCAAGCCCCAUGAGAUGGCCCAGGCCCUGGCCCACACGAUGGCCCUGCGUGGCCACGAGAACCUACAUCUUGGCCUGCAAAUGAAGGGUUGCAAUCGCAAAGGUGGCUACCAAAACAAAGGUGAUCCAUCAGCAUCCAGCAAUGGCGAUGAACUGCGUCUCUCGAAGAUCAUCCGUCGGCUGUCCAAUGAAACCAAUCCUGCGGUGGCCUUGGAGCUGUGCAGCAAACUGGAUCAGGCAGUGCGCACGCCCCUCAAUAUGGGUUACAUGUCGUGCUCCUUUGUCUGGAUCUUGGAGAGCAUGCUGAUCCUGUUCAAGCAAUGCCCGGUGCCAGUGCUGGAGGAGUGCAGCAAGAUCCUGGGAGUGAUUGGUUACCUCAACAGGAAGUCGUAUCCCAUCUACGAGGAGUUCAUAGUGAAGAACUACAGGAGCGGCAAGCGGAUGCAAAAGUAUUUGAUUCUGGCUUUGCGAUCCACACUCAGCUGCGACACCAAGUGCGAGCUGCAUCCCUACUCCGACAAGAUUAUGCUGCUGCUCAAGGACUUUCUGGAGACGGCUGAGAAUGCCGAAAUCUUUAUGGUGAUCAGCAAUACUUUGGUCCUGUUCUCGGCCAGCUACCGCGAGGCCUUCGAGUGCCAUUUCACGGAUGUGGUGGACAUCAUCAUUGGCUGGCAACUGGAGGUUACCACGGGUCAGCCCGCCCAGCUGAAGGCGCACUGUGCCCAGGUGCUGGAGCAAUUGACUCCAUACUUUAGCAAGCAGAUUGACUUUAGCUAUGGUUUGUUGGCCCAGUUCGUGGAGGACAUUACGGCGCUGGACUUUGAGGAGUGCGAGGCAGCGGUGGGACGCAUGGGCGCCUUUGUGGGUGCCUUUAAUACCCUGUUGAAGUGCAUGGCCCGCAUGCAAAUGUUCGAGGGCAUCCCAACCUGCGAGUCCAUUGUCCAGCUGGCGGUGGAUCAUCUGGUUAGGAUACAGCCCAGAAUCCUGCUAACCACGGACGCGGCUUUGGUCAGUGUGAAUGAAUUGCUGUGCAUUUGCCUGAUGAAUGGAUUUGGUGGCCUGGAGGCGGGCACCGUAGAGGAGCUGCUCUUGCGGCAAUUUGAGGAGGUGCAUCUGCUGAGUGACAUCCAGAGGCAGAGCCUUCUUUAUUUGCUGCUUUGCACUGUGAGAAGGCUACGUGCCCGCCUGCCCAAGACUUUGGUUUCAUUGAUAUUCCAAUCUUGUCCUUAUUUGGCGGCCUUGAAAAGGGAGACGCCGGGCGGCAAGGGCUAUAGGCUGCUCCUGCGCACCUGCCAGGAGACCCUGCUCAUCAGGAAUGUCCCGCUGCUGCAGCAGGCCUACAAGCAUCUGGUGGCGGAUGUGGACGAGUGUGUUGGGGAGCUGCAAAGGAGCAGCAGCAGCAUGCCCUGCAGCAGGGCCAGCGAGGAGGCGGGUCUCUUGAUGGUCUUCCACCUGGCCGCCUUGGCUGCCUUGGCCAAGCAAACCUCCUCGAUAAUUGGAAUGUACGCCUGUCAGCCCUCGAUUUUGGAGCUACUCCUCACCAAUUGCCGGGCCCAGGACAUGGCCAUAUGGAGCCGGUAUCCAGCCACCCAUCAGGCUGUGUUGAGCCUCCUGGUGGUUCACUGCCAGGCCAAUCACAAUUUCCGCUCAAACUCCAGCCUUUUGAGGGAUCAACAGGAUCUUCACAGCGAGAAUACCUCGCCCACGGCCCACAGCUUUGCCAGCAUUCUGCGCUUCCUGGACAACAUACUCAAGGAGGCCAGCCAAUUGGCACCCAAUAAUCUACGCAUCCUGCUGCAGUGGACCCAGUUAAUCCUCACAGAAUGCCGGGAGAAGGCUCGUCUGUUGAUGGAACAGCCGCACUUUCAAGGCAUCUGCCGGAACAUUGCCUGCCAAGCGGCCAAAUGGACACCCUUGGAGAGUGGCGCCUGCAUGCAGAGUGUCCUGGAGUAUGGACCACAUCAACAUCCAACCGAGUUGCUUGUCCUGUACAGGGAUACUGCCCUCCAGCAGCUGCAGGUCUUGGCCCACACCGGGCACCAUGGCCUGUUUGCCCAGAUCUAUGCCCAGCUGCCGCUGCAUGUGACCCUGCCGGGCUGCGGCGUCUACUCCCUGCCGGGCAUGACCAGUCGCCGGCUGUGCGUGUGGCAGCAAAGGAUGAGCCAGUGCAGCGCCGUAAGAGAUACGGUCUUUCGGGAUUUUGUAGAGCGUCUGCAGCAGCCGGAACAGCAGCCACUAACCAGCAAUAGCCAUGGCAUCCGGGAUCUCUUUGUGCGCAGCUGCCAGGUGGCACCGCAGGAUGAGCGACAGGAUAAGCUGUCGCAGUGCACACGUCGCUGCCAGCGUCUGGCCACCGCCUGGCUCCAGUUCGAGGCGGCUCGAUAUUGUGUGGAUCAGCGGCUGAGGACAACGCUGGGCAAGCCGCAGGACACAUUCCUGGGCUUUGAGGCCAUCAUAAUGAGGCAUGCCCGCCUCCUGAGCGGCUGUGCCAAGGAAACGGAGCGUUCGGCUCUGGACAAUCUGUCGCUGGAGGAGCUCUCCCACAUGCAGGCCAAUCUGGGCAUGCUGCUGGGUUUCCUGGAUGCCCUGGAGAAGCUGAUUUACAAUGCCGCCGAGGGUAGUGCCUUUGCCUUGCGUCCGCCGGAGAAACCAGUGGCGGCCUUCUUUCGCUUGAACAAUCCCACCUGUCAGUCGUGGUUCAAUAGGAUACGCAUAGGCGUGGUGAUCAUAGCCAUGCAUGUCCAGCAGCCGGAGUUGGUUAUACGCUAUGCCCAGCAAAUCCUGCUCACCCAGAAGCCGCCGGAUGCCACCUUUGGCCAGGCUAUUGUGUACCUGGCCUGGGCCUGGGUCAGCUGCCGGGAGGCAGACUCCCUAAGAGGACUCUACAUUUGGGCGAGGUCCAAGAGCGGAGGCAACAAGUCCUUCCAGUGGCUUCAACAGGCGGCUGAUCAGGCGGCAGGCAAAACCGAAUCCGCUUUGGCCGGCUAUCGUAGCCUCUUGAAUGAUGGUGAAACUGGUGAAUUGGAGCCUUUAACCCGACAAUUUCUACUGGCCCAGAUCAUGCAAUGCCUCCAGGACACCGGCCAGUGGUCACAGCUGGUGGAAUUGAAGCAGCAACGAAGCGAGGACUGCGAACUGAAUCCCUUCCUGCAGCGCAGCAAUGUGGAGGUGAGUGCUUUGGAACGACUACUAGCCCGUGGAGAGGCGGCUUCCAGCUCCGAGGAGCUGGGUGGGGCCUUGCAGCAGCUUAGCCUGUGGCCCAAUAGCUGGGAGGAGACGACUUCUCCGGGCCAUGCCAGCUUCUCAACGGUCCAGGUCCAUCAGCGCACCGAGGAUCUGGUGCAGCACAAGCUCUUGGAGUGGCAAUGCCUGCCUGGCAAUGUCUUGAGCCUUUUGGACACCCAAUGGCGUGACAGUCUCCUGAAUCCCAGCUGCAAUCAGCGACCCUGCCAGGAGCUUACAUUACUUAGACACAUUGCCCAGGCGGUGGGCGGCAACCAAGAGCUAUGCCUGCUGCCGCUGGAGGGGAUGAGGAGUGAAAGAUUGCCUUCACGACCUGGUCCGAGCGUGUGCAGUGCCAUUUUGAUGCGUUGCCUGGCCUGGACGCAGCUCCUCCGCCAGCAUUGUGCUCAGGGAAGCUGGGAGACCUUGUGCUUGGAUGCUGCCGCCGCUGCCCGGGAGGAGGGCAACCUACAGUUGUCGCAGUCUCUGCUGAGACAGUUCUUUGGACAGCCGCUGGAGGAUAUAGCCGCGGAGUUGGCCUCUCUGCCACCCUUAGAGGAUGCCGAACUGAAACGAGGUUACAUAGAGCUGGUCAAGUGCCUGCAUCUUCAACAGCAGCAAAUAUUACCCUGCGGAGAGCUGCCCAGUUCCCUGGAUAUUUGCGCCUCCCUUUGCCUGAAUCUCCAGCAAAGUGGCCAGGGAGCCGCCGCCGAUCUUCUGCUGCAUCUCUCCGAUUGGAUAGCCGCCAGGAGCUGCAGUGGUUUGGUUACCCAACAAUCGCCUGUGCUUGCCCAGCUUUUGGAGGAGCUACCCGAGUGCCCUUUGACCUGCAAUGCGGGCCAACCUCUGGCCAUUCCCCAGGCCGAGAGCCUGGUGGCCCGCCUCGUCCAUGCCAGCCUCAGGCAGCGGCCCAAUGGCGAGGAGGCCCUGAUAGCCUAUGGCAACUGGUGCUAUCGCUGGGGCAAAAAGAUCGUGGACAGCGGCACUGUGCUCACCCAGUCGCAUGUGGCGGCCAUCAGUCAGGCCCUGGACUUGCCUCAGCCCCUGGAUAGCGAGGGUCUGAAUGAACUCCUGCAGGCUUUGAGCAUGGAACAGCCGCCGGCCAAAUGCGUGGAAGUGUGCCCCGAGGCGGCACGGGCUAGAGAUGAUGAGGCGGCCAAGGCUUGCCUAAGGAGACUGCCUUUGCUGGCGGAGAGUCCACCGGAAAUGCUGGACGAGGUGCUCAAAAUCUGGCGCAGAGCCAUAGCCAAUACCUAUGAUUACUACAGGGAUGCAGCCCGCUGUUACUUCCAGUAUCUCCAGGUCAAGUCGGUGGGUCAGGGUUCGGGUGGUCAGGGUGUUCCAUUAGAGGGACGCUUUCAGGUGGAUGACAGCAAUCUGGUGACCACCACUUUGCGCCUGCUCCGGCUGAUUGUCAAGCAUGCCAGUGGUCUGCAGGAGGUCCUCGAACAGGGUCUUAGCAACACACCCAUUGCCCCCUGGAAGGUGAUUAUCCCCCAGCUGUUCAGUCGCCUCAAUCACCAUGAACCCUAUGUGAGGAAGAGCGUUUGUGCUUUGCUGUGCCGCCUGGCCGAGAGUCGCCCCCAGUUGGUCAUCUUUCCAGCUGUGGUGGGAGCCAACAGAGAGCAGCAGGGGGGUGGUGAUGUCAAGGCAGCAGCUGGGAGCUGUGUCCCAGAACAACCCUCCACUGAGGAUGCCUGCUGCUAUGGUUAUCUGCUGAAUGCAUUGUCCAAGCAGGCGCCGGAGGCAGUGCAGCAUGUCCAGCUGAUGGUCAAGGAGCUGAGACGAGUGUGUCUUCUAUGGGAUGAGUACUGGAUUCACUCGCUGGCCAACAUUUACAACACCUAUGUGAGCCGGGUGAGCGCUUUGGCCACUGAAUUCCGUGCGGAUGACCACGAGGGCAAGAACAAUCGCUUUAAUGUCUGGCGACCACAGCUUCUGGCUGAUUUGGAGGCUCUGGCUGCACUCACCGCCCGUCCGCCGGAGACCAGCUACGAGCGUAGCUUUCGCAAGCGUUUCGAUGCACCCAUUAAGGCCACCCUGGAGGCCUUGAGGAUGCGCCGGUAUCCCGAGGCCUGGGACAAGCUGAAGCAGCUGUAUCACAUCCUCCAAGCCAACAUGAUACGCGGCACGGGGAGCACCCUCAAAAUGCAGAGCCUGAGUCCGGUUCUGUGCGGUCUGGGACGCAUGAGGAUCUGCAUGCCCGGCCUGGAUGCCCACGAUGAGGAUGAAAAGGUGUUUAUCGAGAGCGUGGAGGGCACUGUGUGUGUCCUGCCCACCAAAACGAAACCCAAAAAGGUGGCUUUUUAUGGGAGCAAUGGUCAGCGGUAUACGUUCCUGUUCAAGGGCAUGGAGGAUCUCCAUUUGGACGAGCGCAUCAUGCAGUUUCUGUCCAUUUCGAAUGCCAUUAUGGCCUGCAGGAGUGAUGCCCCCGGCAAUGGUUGCUAUCGUGCCCAUCACUACUCGGUGAUACCGCUGGGCCCGCAGUCGGGUUUGAUUAGCUGGGUGGAUGGAGUGACUCCCCUGUUUGCUUUGUACAAAAAGUGGCAACAGCGACAGCCGCCGCAGGCAUCGGGUAAAACAGGACCAGGAGCAGGAGCUGGGGCGGCAGCAGGAGGAGCCAAUGCCACGCGUCGCUUUACGGACUUGUAUUACAGCAAAUUAUCGCCGCUGCUGGCCAAGCAUAAUCUCCACGUGAGUGAUCCACGAAGGCAGUGGCCCAUCGCGGCCUUGAGGCAGGUCCUGGCGGAGUUGUCGCAGGAAACGCCGGGAGAUCUGCUGGCCCGGGAGCUGUGGUGCCAGGCGGGUAAUGCCGCCGAGUGGCGGCAAUCGGUGCGUCGCUAUGCCCGCUGCAUGAGCGUCAUGUCCAUGAUUGGCUAUGUCAUUGGCCUGGGCGAUCGGCACUUGGACAAUGUCUUGAUCAACCUGGGUAGCGGCAACAUUGUCCACAUUGACUACAAUGUCUGCUUCGAGAAGGGACGCACGCUGAGGAUACCGGAGAAGGUGCCCUUCCGUCUUACCCAGAAUCUAGUGCAUGCCCUGGGCAUAACAGGGAUUGAGGGCUCCUUCCGCCUAGGCUGCGAAUACGUCCUUAAGGUAAUGCGCAAGGAGCGCGAGACCCUUCUAACCCUGCUGGAGGCCUUCGUCUACGAUCCCUUGGUGGACUGGACCAACGAUGAUGCCCAGGCCCUACGUCGAUCCCUAGGAGCCAAGCAUCAGGCAGCUGGAGGAGGAGCACCUAGCGCAGUCACCAACACAACAGGUGGUGAGCUCAAGGGCUACAAGAAGGACAAGAGCAAGGGCAAGGCCCACGACUGGGAUGUCAAGCGGCAGCACUUUUUGGCCAAGAUGACACUCCUGCAGAAGUACUGGGCGGGCAAUAAAUUGGAGAUGCUAAUGCAGCUGCAGGAAAUGGACCAGGAGGUGGGCAAUAUGCAGGAAGUGCAAACCCAACGCCUGGCGGCCGAACAAGAACUGGUGGAGCUCAACCAGCGCAGCGCUUUAAUUGCCGAAAUCAAAUCUUUGGGUACGGCCAUCGAAAGUCAUAGCUUCAAUACGGCCUCCCUGCGUCAUGCCGUGCGUCGUGGCCACUCGGAGGCACUGGCCAAGCUCAGUGCCGAACGGCAGUCGGACUUUGUCCAGGUGCAGUGCCUCCUCAGCAGCUAUGGCCAAUGCCUGCAGCCAUAUCACCUGGCCGAGUUGCAUUCACAGCUUAUGCAGCUGCAAAUGGAGAUGGAUAGGGGAGGCACUAAGGCCACCUUGCCGGAGGUGCUCAAGCUUUCGGGUUACGAGGGAAUGCGUGGUCAGUUGGAGGAGCUAAUGACCCGCCUGGAUCAGACAGCUCUCCAGACAUCCGAGCAUUUGCAGCAGUAUGCGGCAGUGAUGAACUUCUUCCCAGAGCAAAGCCAUCGCCAGAAUCUAUUUGUGCGCUUCCACGAUAGCUAUGGGGCCUACAUCCAAAACAGAGGAGGAACCACCAGUCAACCAAAUUCAACUUCCAGCUCCAUCAUUUGCACCGCCGAUGUAGUGGGUGUGGCCGAGGCCUUGGAAACCGCCUGGCUGCAUCACAACCGCCAGCUGCAGGAGGCCACGCAAGGUUAUGCCGCCAAACAGGGUCCAACUACUCCGGCAUUGCUUUCAGCCAUAGGUCAAAGUGGCUGCAGUCUGCUCCUGCUCAAGGCCAGCCUGGUGCGUACUUUAGAUCGAGCAGGUUUAGCCUUUGGAGCCUAUGAACAGGCCGCCUUGGCUGCCGAGAAUGAGGAGUUACUGCAGCAUCAGCUGCACUUUAUCCAUCUGGUGCGUUCCAUGUGCCAGGGUGUGCUGGUGGCCAUGCAAGAUGAUUUGUAUCUCGGGCAAAUGGAGAGCCUGCUAACCGCCUUGUUGAAUCUAAAGCAAUUCUUUGAAUACGAGCUACCAGGCAGUAUCUAUCGGCUGCUGUUGCUCCAGCCCAAUCUGGGCCAGCUGAGUGCCAUGUGCCAUCUGAGUUCGGUUAGCCUGGGGCAGUUGUAUUUCGAGGCCACCCUAGAGCGAGAUCAGCCGGCAGAGGAGCUGCCAGCGGAGCGUCGCUUUAUGUUAACCCUCCAGCCUGCCUUUGAGCAGUUUCAGUUGGCUUCCGCCGGGCUGAAUGCGCUGAUGCGGAGUGUUAAAAUGUUGCUGGAGGAUGGAAAGGAUAUGCAGAUGCAGAAGCAGCUACUGGCCUUAAGCCUGUUCAAGAAUCGCCUGGAGCUGGAGGACGAGCUGUUCUUUGGCCUAAUCAGCGAAAGCCUGGAGACCAGUCGCACCUGCGAUGUCCGGGAGAUGGCACGCCCCAUGCUGGGACUCAUCCAUAGCCUCCAAUCGGAUUGUUUGGCUGGCUUGUUGCCUCUGCUGGCCCGCAACUUCUACACUUCGAUGGGUCCACAGUGUCAGCCCGCCGCGAAUUGCAGUUCCCUGGGUGAUGCCGCCCAAGCGGAUCAUCUCUGCGAGAGUUUAUUCAUUUCGCUUCAAGCGGAUGGCAGCCUCCAGCAAAGCCAGGCAGAGUUGACGCUCCUCAAUCAGCAAGUGGAGCUGCAUACCCUGGCCGCCUCGGCCCAAUAUUGGGCCUAUUCGGAGGCUUUGGGUCAGCAAUUGCCUUGCGGCCAUCACAUUGUUAGCCGCCCCAAGCUGGCGUUGCUCAUUGGCGAAAGCUGGCAGCAAUUGGACAGAGAUUUGGCUGCUUUGCAGCUACUCCAGGCGGGACUAGAGUCACAGCUUAGCCACCUGCAGACGCAGCGCAGCAACUGGAAUCGAAAUCAUAUUGAUAGUUUCCUGCGAACCGAACAGGAUCAGGCCCAGCAGGUGGCAGGACAUGUGAGUGUACUACAACGGCUAGCAGAAGCCGCUGGAGCUGUGUCCCGGCUAGAGCAGCAGCAGCAGCAGCCACAGCAACAGCUGCUGUUGGUGGAACACUUGGAGAAUUGGCUGGCUGCCCAUGGCCAGUGGCAGACCAGCUGCUCUCGGAUCAGUCCGGUGGAGCAGGGCAUUGUGGAACUACUGGAUCCCGAGGGUGCCAUCGAUUCGUAUUGGCUGGAGAAUGUUCAGGGGCUGCUCGAGGAGCAGACAUGCAAAUUACAGCGCGAAAUGGCGGCCUUGGAGUGUGAACAGCAGGGCAAGCAUCGAUUCCUCUGCACUUUGGUCAAGGAAACUCAGCGUCUGCAGGAGAAGAUGCCACGCUUUCAUGUCCGCAGCCUCUGUGCCGAGGCCCAGGCUCAGGGUCAGGGCAAACUAGUCCCCACGGAUCUUCAGCUGCUUUGUGGUCAUCUCCGCGAUUGCCAGCGCUUGUUGCAGUCCCUCUUUCAGCGGCUCAUGGAUCUGCGCAAGGAUAUGUGCGCCGAACGUCGUUGCCUGCAUCCCGUUAUGCUCCAGAGCUGGAGACAACAGCUGCAGCUCAUCCAGGCCAUGGCCGGCCAGGAGGUGAGCGAGUUCUUCAAGAGCCUGGAGGAGCAACUGCAGCGGGUGCAAGUGGGUGAGCCGGAUGCCUACGAGACUUUCACCACGCAGGUUAAGGGUGCCUCUAAUCUUCACGAGCAAAAACGCAAUGCCUAUGGCGUUUCCGUUUGGAAAAAGAUCAGAAUGAAGCUGGAGGGUCGCGAUCCGGAUGGCAAUCAACGCAGCACUGUGGCCGAACAGGUGGACUAUGCCAUACGCGAGGCCAUCAAUCCGGAUAACCUGGCUGUCCUUUACGAGGGCUGGACACCAUGGGUCUAGGUCGGUCCAAACCAGAUUGGCCGCUUUUCGGCGGCUUCUUUGACAUCACAUCAAAACAAUUUCCGGGGGCAAUUAGGAUCUCCUUUUUGGUCGCGGUCUCGGUCUUGGUCUUGGUCUCAAAAAGGCUGGCUAACCUCCCGGUUACAAACAAGGCCUUGGCCUUGGCGGAACACUGGCGAGUGUGUGGCCGCCACCUCCUCCCAAACCAAGUGUAGUUGCUUAAGCGAUAGACGACGACGGAAGACGGACAACGAAAAUGAUGACGAAACACAAAAGCCGCACUCCGGGAGAGAGAGAGAGAGUAAGAGCGAGUGAGAGAAUGCCCAGGAUCUUUUAUGAUCCAACGGAUAUUCUAACCCGGAACCAUGUCCAAAGAUAUAUAGAGAACUGGACGUUUCAUGGCGGCGGGUAUCCCAGGUUUCAACAUUGUUGUUGUGUCAGCAGGCUCCUCCAGGCUCAAGAUUUUAUCUUUUUUUCAGUUUCUUUUCCUUAGUUUCUUUUUUUUCGUUUUUUUUAAAUGUAGUUUUUUGUUUUAAGCCAAAGUUGUUCCAACACCUACCUACCCUACCCUCUUUUUUUUUAGUUAAGCUCAAAAAACCCACAAAAAAAGAAAGAAAGAAGCAAUGUUAACUGUAAGCCGAUAAUUGUGUUACCAAAUUUCAUCGUGUAGCAAUAUUAAAUCUACCAUUUACGUAGGUAUAUACAUACGUAUAUAUUUAACAGACUAUACCCCCCUACCCCUUCCCCCCCUAUAUAUAUAUGGACGCGAUUCCAGGUCUCCAGUUUGGAGCUGGACAAAAAGCAGCAAUGUUUUAAGCCAGUUCUGCUUCCUGUUCUCGUUUUUAGUUAUUUGAAAUGAAUAAACGCAAUGCUGAAAUAUAUAAAAAA